UGGCCACUCCCCUUUAAAGCCCAUCAUCUUUGCUGUAGCCGCUGCUUUUGUAGUAAUUAACGUUAUGGGGAAGAAAGAGAGCCAAGGGUUCACGGUUUAGUCAGCUUACAAACGUCUUCAUUCGGCAGCUUAAUCAGACCAUUUUUACAUUGUCUCGUGGGGGAACAGCAACGCACGAAACUUAAGAUGAACAGAAUAACAGGAAAGACGAAAGAAGCCACUCUUAUUGAAAUGUCUAACACGCUGGAUUCCCAAACUGAAGAUGGCUGUGCCGUUCUGACGGGCUACCGGAGGAUCUUUCAGGCAGAUAAUGGAAACUUUUCUGCACGAGGAACACAGCUGCCUGGUCACAGAGAGAUUGACAAGUUUGAGCAGAACCGGGACUCUGUGUACUUUAGGGAUGGUGUACGUCGCAUUGAUUUUGUCCUGUCUUACGUUGAUGACAAGGAUGGAGACAAGAAAGCGGAGAGAAGAAGAGAAUUUGAAGCCAACCUGGAGAAAACUGGACUGGAGCUGGAGACCGAAGAUAAAUUGGAAUCCGAUGACCAUAAGACGUAUUAUCUGAAGAUUCAUGCUCCUUGGGAGGUUUUGGCCACUUAUGCUGACGUACUAAAGGUCAAAGUGCCCUUUAAAUUAAGUGACAUUCCCCAACCGCGAGAAGUUCCAUUGGAAUGGUUGACGCGUCCUUUCCGGGUACCGGAGAACAUCAUGAGACCAGAGCCGGACUAUUUCACUGCUCCUUUUGACAAGAGCAAAAUCGACUUCUUCCUUAUUAAUGAUAAGGAGACUUUGUUCCCUUCUUCCACCCGCAACAGAAUAGUGUACUACAUCCUCACCCGCUGCCCUUACUACAAGGAACACCGUAUAGAGAGGGAUAAGACAGGAAUCAAACGACUGCUGAACAAUGGCACCUAUACCUCAGCCUACCCCCUUCAUGAUUGUCGGUAUUGGAAGAAAUCGCAAGACAUGCAGUGUGAGAGCGAGCGAUUUCACCUGUAUAAGAACUGGGCUCGAUUCCUCUGCUUUUACAAGGAGCAGCCGCUCAAUCUGAUCAAGAAAUACUAUGGUGAGAAAAUUGGUAUCUACUUCGCCUGGCUGGGCUUUUACACAGAAAUGCUGUUUUUUGCUGCAGUCAUGGGGUUGAUCUGCUUCGUUUAUGGUUUGCUGAGUUACGAUGACAAUAUCACAAGUAAGGAGAUUUGUGACCCAAACAUUGGUGGGGAGAUUGUCAUGUGUCCACUCUGUGAUAAAAAGUGCAGCUACUGGAAACUCAAUUCAACUUGUCUGUCAUCAUGGCAAUCUCAUCUAUUUGAUAAUGAAGGGACGGUGUUCUUUGCCAUGUUCAUGGGCAUUUGGGUGACCCUUUUCCUGGAGUUCUGGAAGCGGCGACAGGCUCGUCUGGAGUACGAAUGGGACCUUGUUGACUUUGAGGAGGAGCAGCAGCAGCUACAGAUCAGGCCAGAGUUUGAGUUAAAGUGCACACACCGCAGACCCAACCGUAUCACACAGGAAAUGGAGCCUUAUCUUCCUUUUGCCAGCAAGUGUGCUCGAUUCUGCCUGUCCGGAGCAACUGUUCUCUUCUGGACUCUACUGAUAGUGGCCUGUAUAAUGGGAGUGAUCGCUUACAGAUUAGCAGUUUAUGCAGCGUUUGCCAGUGUCAUGAAGGACAGCUCCACCAGUAAGAUCCAGCUGGUUGGCUCCCUCAUCACCCCUCAGCUCGCCACAUCCGUCACCGCUUCCUGCAUCAACUUCGCCAUCAUUCUCGUCCUGAACUUCCUUUAUGAACAUGUGGCCAUUUGGAUCACUGAUAUGGAAAUUCCCAAGACCCAUUUGGAGUAUGAGAACAAGCUGACUACGAAGAUGUUUAUGUUCCAGUUUGUGAACUACUACUCUUCCUGUUUCUAUGUGGCCUUUUUUAAAGGAAAGUUUGUGGGUCAUCCAGGGAAUUACAGUUAUAUGUUCGGAAAGUGGAGUGGCCUGAGAAAUGAAGAGUGUGCCCCUGGAGGUUGUCUGAUUGAGCUCACCACACAGCUGGUUAUCGUCAUGGCUGGAAAACAAAUGGUUGGGAAUGUCCAAGAGGCUCUGCUGCCACUUCUCAGAAACUGGUGGGGUAGCAGGAAAGGACGGAAUCAUCCGGAAUCUACAUACAGUCGAUGGGAGCAGGAUCAUGAUCUGCAGAACUUCAGCCAGUUUGGGCUCUUCUAUGAAUAUCUGGAGAUGGUGAUCCAGUUUGGUUUCAUAACACUUUUUGUGGCCUCUUUUCCAUUGGCCCCUCUUCUUGCUCUCUUUAACAACAUCCUGGAGGUCCGAGUAGAUGCUUGGAAGUUUACCACACAGUUUCAAAGGCCUGUGGCAGCAAAAGCACGCAACAUUGGAGCCUGGGAGGAAAUUCUUAACGUGGUGGCCAUCUUGUCAGUCGUCACAAAUGCCUUCAUUGUUGCUUUCACUUCGGAUAUGAUUCCUCGUCUGGUGUAUUUGUACACUCGACCAGGCCAGGCCUCUAUGCAAGGUUACAUUGCCAACAGCCUCUCCUUAUACAACAUCUCUCAGAUCCCUUUUGAUAAUCUGCCGGAGCACGGAGAAAACCCAUCCUGGUUUAACAGCUCUACUAUCACUACAUGCAGGUAUCGGGACUACAGACACCCACCCGGCCAUGAAAAGCAGUACACACACACAAUGCAGUUCUGGCACAUCUUGGCUGCUAAGCUAGCCUUCAUCAUUAUUAUGGAACACGUCGUUUUUGUGGUGAAGUUUUUCGUGGCGUGGUUGAUUCCAGAUGUUCCAUCAGAAGUGAAGGCCCGUAUAAAACGUGAACGCUAUCUGGUUCAGGAAUACUUGCACAACUACGAAGUGGAGAAACUCAAGAUGCAGCUCAGUCAGAGCUACAGCCUGUCCACAGAAACUGCCUCACUGCUGCCCUUGAGUCCCAAUAAACACAAGGUGCUGCCUGAACAUGUUUAAAUAGCACUACGCUCUCAGGACUACUCAAUAUACUCUACUAUGUAAAGCAUGGAGGAAUCAAACCCUCGAUACAAUUAUUGCUAAGAGGAAAGAUGCCUGCUUUUAACUGCCAGAACUACCCCCCCCCCAAAAAAAAAAAAAAAACUGCAGAGGUUUUGGGAGGAUGAUGCACUAAAUAGAUCCUCUUUCAUGGAAAGCUGUUGUCAGUUGCUAAUCAUCACAAUGAAGUAAUGCUUGAAUAUUGACCUGAAUAACUUCUGCAUCGAACCCUCAAGAAUGCAGCCUUCACCCAGUUGCUUUGGAGGCCUGUUGCUGUGAAGGCACCAUGUGAAUCUGAUAUUUUUAUUUAAAAUACAGUUAGACUAGUUUAUUAUUUUUAUUAUUAUUAUUUUGAAAACAAAAAGUGUUGUUUGUCCAGCUUUUUAAAAAUGUAAUCUGCAUGAUUUACCAUUUAAGUCUGACUGUGAAAGAAAUACAUGUAGGUUAAAUGUCAUCUUGAUUUUUUUUAUAUUUUCUGCUGUUUGUGCGUGCGUUUGUGUGUGCAAGAGAAUUUGUAAUUUUUGCAUUUGUGUGCGUGUGUGUGUGUGCGUGCGUACAUGUGCGUUUGUGUGUGCAAGAGAUUUGGUAAUAAGUCCUUGUUGUUCUAGAUGCUGUUGAGAAACACAAGCUGUAAUGUUUUCUUAUCAAUCUUCUGUACCAUCAUAUGUCAAAGUAUAUCGUUUGUACUUUCUUUGCUUCCUUAAAGUUCAGUAUAAUGACACAUUUCAGCAGUUUAUUGUGGGGUUUUCCUUGUUUGAAAAACGCUGUUGAUAUCUGAGUAACACUUGGUUCCAUUAUCUUGUAUUUGUAUAUUUAUUUUUCAGAUUAUUGAAAUAUCUAGCUUUUAUUAUUUUGUUUAUUUCUUGUAAGGUUUUGUGUUCAGUACAUGCAUAACUAAUACUGUACCUGUACAUUUUUACAGUUCUGUAUUAACAGUGUUUAUUGCUACAGAUUGAUUAAUCAGAAUGUAGCAAGAUUUAGCAGGUUAGCUUUAUAAUGACCUGCCAUAAUGUUUUCUGAUUCAAAUUCCGAGACUGAAGCUAUCAUCAUCAUAAUCUCUUCAGUUAGCUUCUUGUUCAUAAUGAAUCUGUUAAGAUUUUGCACAUGUUGUAUAUCUGUAUAAUCACAGAAGAUAGCUUUAAUCCUAACUAAAAGGACUUUAGUGUUUUCUCAUUACAUUGUUUCUCUGCCUAAAAACACUUAAAGGAAUAGUUCAGAUUUUUGUAGUCAGAUCUCUGUGCAUCAAUUACAUACAUUCUUUAAUAACCUUUAAUAAUCACCCUGAGAACUGCAUCGGAUCUGGUAGGAAUGCUUUGACAAAUUCUCAUAGUGAAGUAAGCGUUCAGGUGUUCCCUGUAAGCAUCAGUUUCUGUAACUUUAUAGUGUAUAGCAUUUGUGUGUAAUGAUAAAGGUUUUAAGAUGAAAACAACACCCUUGCUAAUUGAAUUGGUUAAAUUCUUACUUGACUGAACAUCUGUUUAGCACAUGCAUAAGAACAGAAAACUAACUCUUGGUAUCAUAGUUUACAAGCUUUUCCAUCCACCUUUUCUAAAUGAUGCAGAGAGACCUAGCUAAAAAAAAUCUGAACUAAUCUACCUUCAACAUUUCAGAUAUGUUUCAUCCAUAUGUUCAGGGACUACGGGUUUGAACACAAGCGUGUUAUUAUUGUCCCUAAAGAUGUGUUUAAGAUGAGUUUUUGUUUGUUUUCAUCUUUUUUUUAUAUAUGUAUAAUUUCCAUUGUCAACACAAAAUUAACAGUUUUUUUGCCAUACCUGUUGUUUUCCUUUCUCUCUGUGUGUUUAAUGGACAUGUUAGCCUGUUAAGUGAUUUGUGCUGUGAGUCUUUAAUAGAAUAUUUUAUGGAUAAUUCAAAGUACAGUUUACAGGGUUAUUAUGUAUUUAUAAACAUAUAGUCUGUUCAAAACAAAAUACAUAUAUGUGCCCAUUGUUAAUUGUGUUUCUCAGGCUGAAAAUAAAUGCCACAGGGACAUUAUCAAAAAUAGCUAAACAAUAUGCAGUUAAAGAUUUUCUGGUAUACACAUGGGACCAUGACAAUUAUCCCUUUGCCUUAAAAUGUAACAAUGCGCAUAUAUAUGUCUAUAUAUAUGUUUUCUUUUUUUUUGCCAUGUAGCAUACAAAUGUUGCAUGAAUAGUUCUGGGGAUUCAUGUAUAAUUAUUUAAGGAAUUGGUUUAUUUGCAUUCCCUCGAGGCGUAUGUGCCAAAAUAAAGAAUUUGAAUAAUG